AUGGGAGGAGGAAAGGGAUGCUCUGCAGUGGACGUUGUCAAGCAAUCUACAGGGGGAAGGUUUGAAACGCGAGCGACAAAGGCAGACCCCGUCGUCAAGGCCAAGCGGAGCGGCAACAUCGGUGCCUUGUUCUCUGGAUCGGGGGUGGACUUUGGGAUGACUCCUACCCAAGCCUAUCGAACAGCUCGCAAGAUGUUGACCGUCCAAGCUGCUUCCAUCCUCACUUUCCUCGCUACUACCACUCUCGUCUCGGCUCACGGCCACGUCACGUCCUGGACCAUCGGUGGCGUCGACAGGCCCGGAUUCAACCCGUCCAACGCUGCUCAGUACGGGCCGACCGCCGAGCGGCCGACCGACAACAGAGACCAGGGCUUCUCCGACUGGACCUCUGGUAUUGUCGCGUGCGGAGGCGUGUCAGCAGGGUCGGGCCUCUUGACGUACGACGUCGACGCUGGGAGCACCGUCACUGCCAAAUGGAACACCUGGCCUGACUCACACAAGGGUCCCGUGACGGAGUACAUGGCUCGGUGCCCAUCCUCCGGCUGCGAUGGUGUCGCUGCAGACUCGCUUGACUGGUUCAAGAUUCAGCAAGACAUCCUCACGGCCGAUGGCAAGUGGGCGACCGAGAGCAUCCCCUCGAGCCUGAAGUGGGACUUUAGGAUCCCGUCUGAUCUUGCACCGGGGCACGAGCUCCUGGCGAUGCACACCGUCGGCGCCCCUCAAGUCUACCCCGUCUGCUUCCAGGCCAACCUCAAGGGCAGCGGCUCCGCCGUCCCUACCGUCACCGCCAAGUUCCCCGCGGCGUACAACAUCAACCCAGCCUUCAAGACGUUCGACAUCUACGCAGGAAGGGACUCGACCUUUGUUGCUCCCGGUCCAGCGGUAUACGGUGGUGGCGGCGGCGGGGCCGCUCCUGCUCCUGCCCCUGCCUCGUCGUCGGCUGCGCCGGUCCGCCCCUCGUCGUCCGUCGCUCCAGCUCCAGCGUCGAGCUCGGCUGCUCCCGUCAGGCCCUCGUCGUCCGCCGCGCCCAUCACGCCUAGCUCGGGCGCUCCGGUCAAGCCAUCUUCCUCGCCCGCUGCGCCCGUGCCCACUCCUCCUUCCACGUAA